CACUCGAUAAGCGUCUCCUGUGUUCUCUUCACAGAGCUUCCAACCAAUUCGCUAUGUCUGCAACCAAAUCCAGCUCCAGGAAGCGAGUAUCCGAACCCGACUGCAGCAAAUCCGACAAGAAAAACCGAUCAGCCACAGACAAUCUCGAUUUCGAUUUCGAUCUCUCUGAUGAUAUCAAAGGAAUCGUGUCGGCGCUGCACCUGAUUAGAGACAAGGCUCAGAAGGAUGGCCAGAAGAAGAACGAAGAAACUAUUUCGAGUGUGGCUCCUGAGAUAAAGGCUAUGAUUGAGGAAUUGAGGUCCAAAUUAGAGAAGGACAGGCUAACUUUUGCUAAAGCACUUUCAAACAGCUCUAAAGAGUGUGAGAGUGCUUUGAAGAAUGAAACAUCCAAGUUUCAAGCACUUCAUGAAAAAUUUUCCAAGGACAAAGCUGCUUCUUUACAGGCCUUGAAAGAUAUUAUCUCCAAAUUUGAAGAGGAAAAGGCGAAGCUAUUCCUAAGAUAUGAACAACUAAGGAAGAAGGAAAAGAGUAUUAUAUCUGAACAAGAAAAGGCAUGCAAUGAUAAAAUUGCCCAGCUGGAAGAGUCGCUGAAAAAGAAGAAACAGGACGAUAAAACUUUCAGCAUUUUAAGGAAAACUCUAGGCUCAUUCUUGGAAAGUACCUCGGAUGAUGAUUUCCCUCCUGAUGACGAGGAGUGAAAUACAAGACCCCACAAUUCAUCCCCAAC